GUGCUCAGGAGGGUCUGGUCGCGACUGUUUGUGAGAAAAAGAAAUGCUUGAUUAUUGUGUGGUGGCAGUGGGCUACAAUUUCAGUGUCAACACGAUUCUUUUACGCAAGACUCAUCUCAACCCUUACCCCACCCCUCUUUUCACAUUGUUUGUUUAAUCGGGAGCGGCAGGUGGAGACCCAGAGGAGGAAUUCUGGCUUGAGAAAGAAAUCAUGCCUUGUCGGGAGCAGUCGGCAAUGGAGCACAAGUAGGCUACUCCUUGUAGAUGUCUCGAUGUUAUGGAUGAUUUAGCCAUUGUUUCAAGCUGACGUUCAUCUCCCUUCAUGAAGGGGACCAGCUCCUUAAAUGACCCCCAGCUGAAGUCAUCUUGAUCUAUCGCCCCAGAUCAUGGCAUGCAGCUCAUACCAGAUCUCUGUAAGUGCGGCUGUAAGGAUCACAAUUGAACAUGGGGAUCAGGUCCAGAAAUGUUGCUAACGGUUCGGAGGAGCAGAGAGAGAAAAAGACACCAGCUCUGCCCGUGGACUUGGACCAAGGUGCCGGGGUGGACAAAGAUGGGGCUCUCCUGUUGGUGGCUCCAGGUAAGGAAGAUUUCAAAAGGAGCACUCAGGGUUUUGGACUGUUGGCGAAGACCCCACUGGGGUACACGCGACCGGUCAAGCGGAAUAACAUUAGAAAGCGAAGAAUUCAAACCCUUAUUUACGACGCCCUGGAGAGACCGCGAGGAUGGGCGCUACUCUACCACGCGUUUGUAUUUCUGAUUGUGCUGGGCUGUUUGAUACUGGCCAUACUAACAACUUUUAAAGAACACGAAAAGGCUUCCGGCCACUGGCUGGUCAUAUUGGAAACAUCCACCAUAUUUGUCUUUGGAACAGAGUUUGGGCUCAGAAUAUGGUCUGCAGGCUGUUGCUGCAGAUACAAAGGAUGGAGGGGGCGACUGAAAUUUGCCCGCAAACCAUUGUGUAUUUUAGACAUCUUUGUGCUGAUUGCAUCUGUUCCGGUGGUUGCCGUGCGCAACCAAGGCAACGUGCUGGCCACGUCGCUACGCAGUCUGCGCUUCCUGCAGAUCCUGCGCAUGCUCCGGAUGGACCGCCGCGGAGGUACCUGGAAACUGCUGGGCUCGGCCAUCUACGCACACAGUAAGGAACUGAUCACUGCCUGGUACAUUGGCUUCCUGUCCCUCAUCCUGGCCUCAUUCUUGGUGUACCUGGUGGAGAAGGAUGAUGUCACGAUGGAGGUGUCGGACUCUGACAUCCCAACCAUUAAGCCUAAACCCCAAGACUUUGACACCUACGCUGACGCUCUGUGGUGGGGCCUGAUCACCUUGACCACCAUUGGUUACGGGGACAAAACCCCAAAGACGUGGGCUGGCAGGCUGCUGGCAGGCACCUUUGCUCUCAUCGGAGUGUCCUUCUUCGCUUUGCCUGCAGGCAUCCUGGGCUCAGGAUUGGCUUUAAAGGUCCAGGAGCAGCACAGACAGAAACACUUUGAGAAGCGUAGACAUCCAGCCGCUGGGCUCAUUCAGUCUGCCUGGCGAUACUAUGCCACCAAUCCAAUCAGAGAUGACCUUAUUUCCACAUGGAGAUUCUACGAAACGGUCAUCUCAUUACCAUGUUUCAGGAAGGAUACUUUGGAGGGCAUAGCAAGUCAAAAGCUGAGUUUGCUUGAGCGUUGUCGCAUGCCUAAUUCACGACAGUCGUCGACAGUGAGGGGUAAAGGGCUGAUGCCAGUGAACCAGGACUCCAUUGAAGAGAGUCCUUCCAAGGAGCCCAAACCCGGGGGAUUCAGUAAUCGGGAGCGCUUCCGCACAGCUUUUCGGAUGAAGGCCUAUGCCAUCCGUCAAAGCUCUGAAGAAGCUGGAGCCCUGCAGGACCCCGAGGAGAGAGGCUUCCCUGCAGACAUCCUCCUGGAGGAGAUGAUCCCCACACUGAAGCUGGUAAUCAGGGCAGUCAGGAUCAUGAGGUUCCUUUUGAACAAGAAGAAGUUCAAGGAGACCUUGAGGCCAUAUGAUGUCAAGGACGUGAUUGAGCAGUACUCUGCUGGCCACCUGGACAUGCUUUGUAGAAUCAAAUACCUCCAGACGAGAAUAGAUAUGAUCCUCACGCCUGGUGCUGCUCUGACCCCGAAACAUAAGAAGAACCCGAACAAACAACCGACACCCUUUCCCUUCUCAACGCAACAGUCACCAAGGCAUGAAUCCUAUCUAGCCAAAGCAUCCAUGCCAGAUGCUGACCAAGACCAGAGCAUGAUGGGUAGAUUUGUCAGAGUGGAGAGACAGGUCGAGGACAUGGAGAAGAAGCUGGACUUCCUGGUGGACAUGCACAUCCAGCACAUCGAGCAUCUCCAGGUGGACUCGGCCGGCGCCGCCCACAUGACCACGGAGCCCCUGGACCCGUUGGUGGGAGACCCUGUGUGCCGCUCUGACAGCAAGGGGGUUGGAGCCUACGCCGAGGUCCGCCGGGUUUUCUUCAACUACGCCGAGGCAUGCCCCCAAAUGUCCUACCAGGUGCCCGUGAGCAAGGUGAUGCCUUACUACAGCUAUAACAAGGAGCCAGGGGCCACGGCCAGACGAGGAGGAGGAGUCCCCGGGCUGCCUGGGGGUGGCUACGCCCCUACCGACCAUAAACCGCCAACACCCCAACACCAAACCCCCAUCCCGACCUACACGGAGAGGCCCACCGUGCUCCCCAUCAGCUCCCUCCAGGACACCCAGUUGGCUGAGCGGAAUGGGAGGCCCCACAGUCCCCACGCGGGGGAGCGCCUGGGGGAGCGCCUGGGGGAGCGGAGGACCACGGGGCAGGGAGCGGGGGCCGACCUGUCACCGCUCUCCAUGCUCUCUGUUAACCACGAAGAGCUGGAGCGUUCGCCCAGCGGCUUCAGUAUAUCAGGGGAGCGCGAGGACCUGGGGGACCCCGCCCUGGGGACAUCAGGGGGGUCAGGGGGGUUAAGGGACAGGCGUUACCUGGCUGAGGGGGAGACGGACACGGACACGGACCCCUUCACACCCAGCGGGGGUGGGGGGCAGCUGCCCCUGUCAUCCACCGGAGAGGGCUUCCCUGAGUCUGUGUGGAACACAAUCCCCUGAUGCUCAGUCAUCCUCAAAGUCAAAUCCCCACUCUUAAGCCCCUUCACCAUGCCUUUGAAACACACUUGUCUUCGGUCUAAACCGACGUUACUGAAAUCAGCAUGUUCACUCAAGUUCAGUAGGCAGAUGUCAGUUCUUAUGGAUGAAAUCCAUGUGUUUCUACACAAGUCAGUUCAGGUAGACCCUGUCCCUGUAGACCUGAUGUCAAGACGCACUGAGUUGACACUUGACACCAGAUCCGAAUCCCCAAUAGUCUAGAGAAAAGCCAAGGUCUCAAGACUGUCCACACACAGAAAGAAAACACAAAACUGUUUCUAUAGUAUAGAUACUUUGUACAGUACAGCGCACAUAUGACAACAUACUUAAUGCUGAGAUGUAAAAAUAUAACAUUAACUUACAACAACUAUAUAUACGCCCAAAGCUUUAACGCUGCAAAGCAAACCGCACUGCAUGUUCCGCAUGCAAUUGUUUGUCGUAAACACUAAAAGGUUCAGGUUUCAGGAAAAAGAAAAUGAGUUUGAAUGGAUACUUGUAAAUGCAAUGCCAUUUUUGUAAUACUUAUUUUUUUAUAUGAAUACAAUUGCAUUUUUUGCAUGGUUUGCAUGAUGAUGCACCAUUUUCAGACAGUUGAGCCUGAUAUUUUUAACCAAAAGUCUCCUGUUUCAUUGUUCAGUAGAAUACAUGUUGCUUAUGUAUGUAUCAGUUGACAAGCCAGAGAGGAAAUACUUCCUUUUUUCAGUACACAAUAUAGAGGUGUGUUCAAAUGUAACCUGUCCUUUCAUGCUGUACGGUUUUUCAAAUUUUGUUAGGCUUAUUUCCUAUCUAAAAUAAAUUAAUACAAAAAUGAA